GCUAUAACCAAAGAACAAAGAAGCAUAAUCAUGAAAUUUUUUGGAUUAUAUUUACUUGUCGCCUGCAUCUUAGCUUUCGCCCAUGCUACUCCUCAAUCACCUCCUGCGCAAAUUAAGGAUCCUAAAAUUUAUGCAUCUGGAGGUGGAUCUCCCAAGGAUGGCUACAAUGUAAAUGUGGAUGUUCGCAAAAAUGUUUGGGAGAGUCAAAACGGCAGACACUCCAUAGAUGCUACUGGCGGGUAUUCCCAGCACUUAGGUGGCCCCUAUGGAAACAGUCGUCCAGAUUUUCGUGGAGGGGCAUCAUACACGUAUAGGUUCUAAGUUCACCAUUAGUUUUUGAAGAGCAUGUACCAAAUAUAAUUUAACUUAUUUUAUUUCAAUA